AAAAGGUUUUUGGCGCGUUAGGGAGUUCAUUUUUCAGCCGCGAAGAUGAAGAGCGUAUUCGCUGUCGUACUGUGGGCUGGUUGUGUCGCAGUUGGCUACGCGUUUGCGACAGAAGUUGAUACCAGUGUUGCAGAUGAGACACGUAGUGGAUUGAUCUUGGGAAGCAUUGGAGCUGAUGAUAGACUGCUAUCCAAUACCAAUCACGAAGUUGAAGCAGCGCUCUACGUGGUGCAAACGCAAGAGGUAUUGAUACGUGCAGUUGAAUAUUCAAAUAUAACAUCCAUCCGAGUGACUGAAGUUGGAACCAGCCAGGAACCAAGCAUCAAUAUCCUUGAAGGAGGUCUUCGGAGCAAUUUUGUUAGAUUCCUUUUCCGAUCACAAAAGGGAAGAGCCUACUCAUUUAAUGUUCGAAUUCAUGGUACAAUUGGGUGCUAAAGUUUUAAGAAGAUAAUUUCAAGGAACUUGGAAGUUAGUCUUAGAGGAGAUAAUGUAAAUAUUGAACUUACACAUAUAUUAUACGCACAAAGACACACAAAAAAACACACUACUAUACAUUUCUUAAACAAAUACUUAUACUUAAUACACAUACGAACGCACAUACAUUCAUUUAUUUACAUUUUCAUUUGUUUCAUUUCUAGCGCCCUAUGUUGAGAACGAUAAUACCAUGAAGUUAUAUUGUAGAUAACCUUAUUGUUGGUUUAAUUUGUAAUGUAAAUAUAAUAAAAAUGUUAAGAUAUUUUCAUUAAAUUU